AUGUCGGGUGUUGGAAUCCACCCUUGUCAUCACCAGGGACCUCCAGUCCAAGCUCCUCUGCCCUCUGCAGUCGCGCCUUCACCGCAAUCUCACCCUUCUCAUCAUGACGAGGUUCGUACGAUAUUAAUUAUGGGUCUGCCUGAAGAUGUCAAAGAGAGAGAGCUGCAGAAUCUACUGAGAUGGCUUCCAGGUUUUGAAGCUUCGCAAGUGAGCUUCAAGGGAGAAAAGCCUAAGGGUUUCGCUCUCUUCUCAAAUGCAGAUUUUGUAGUUGCUGCCAAGGAUGCACUUCAGAAAAUGGUUUUUGAUGAUAAGUUGAAGUCCCUUCUGCACAUUGAGAUGGCAAGGAAGAAUCUUGUUGUUAAAAGAGGAAUAGUUACAGAUUCUGAUGCUUUAGACAAGUAUGGAUGUGAUCAUGUUCUGCCAAUGCCAAAUUCAGCUUCUGUAGCAUCUCCUAGUAUUCAUAUGAUUGGUAAAAAUGGGUGUUGCGAUGAAAAAUCUGCAGUAGAUGGUGUCCACGAGGGAACCAAGGAGUCCACCACAAAAGGGUGCAGUAAUAACAAGUAUGGACGCUACACGAUAUUUGCUGAAAAUUUACUGGAGAAGAUUCAUUAG